CACAAACCCCAUUCGGCUCUUAUUUAAUUCCCACUGCCCUGUAACUUUGUUCAUCACCCUUGUAAAUUUCUGAUCCAAAGUUUCACUCUUUUCUAUGGUUUCUUUGAUCUGAUCACUUCAGAUAUACAAUUUGGGAUUUUGAAGAUAGAAACUGGGUUUGCUCUGCUGGUUUUGGCUAACCCAGAAAGGGAAAGAAAUAUCCGGAUUGUAAUUUGCUUUCCUUUUAUAGAACUUUGACAAAGCUUAAAAAGCCACAACCUCACUGAGCUCACAUCAUCUUUUUCAUUUGGUUUCUGAGUUGGGUGUUGUAUCCAUUUUCUCUAACUUGGGAAAUCAUACAAGUAAAGAAAAGGGUAUAGGUUGUUUGGUGGUUUCUUUGUUUUAGUGAUUGCGGUUUUCCUCUGUUUUUUUGUGAUUACAAAAACGGAGGUGUUGGGUGUGAGUUUCUGGAGCUUAAAGUUUUGAGCUUUUUGGGAAAAUGUUGGGUACAAGAUUACAGUUUGGGACUGUUAAUCGUGGGGAGGACAGGUUUUACGUUGCUGGGAAAGCAAAGAAGAAAUACAAUCAGCAGCAAAAGCAGGCCAGGAAAGCAAAGAAUGAUGCAAACCAGAGCCCCAAAGAGAGCAAAGUUGCGGUUUUUGAGAACAAAGAGAGCAAAGUUGCGGUUUUUGAGAACAAAGAGAGUCAAAGUUCAUUGGCAAAGCCUUGUUCUGAUCCCACUUUGACGCCAAGGAGUAAUCUUGACAGGUUUUUGGAGUCUACUACGCCUUCGGUUGCAGCCCAGUAUUUCUCUAAGAAGACAAUGAGGGGGUUGAGAACUUGUGAUGUGGAGUUUCAACCUUACUUCGCUUUGAAUGAUCUUUGGGAAUCGUUUAGGGAAUGGAGUGCUUAUGGGGCAGGAGUACCGUUAGUUCUUAACAAAAGUGAUUCUGUUGUUCAAUAUUAUGUUCCUUAUCUAUCUGGUAUCCAAUUAUAUGGUGAAUCUGCUGUGAAGUCAAGUUCAAAGCAAAGGCAAGUUGGUGAGGACAAUGAUCCUGACUAUUUGGAUUCAAGUAGUGAUGCAAGCAGUGACUCUGAAAUUGAAAAACAUAUGAAGAUUACUAGGGAGCAGCAGCAUAUUCUUCACCAAUUAAACAGUGAGGUUUCGAGUAGAAUGGGCAGAUUAUCCAUACUUGAUGAACACCCCGUAUUGCAAGAAGGCUUUUCUAGUGAUGAUGGAGAAGCUGGGAAUUCUCAAGGCUUGCUUUUCGAGUAUCUUGAGCGGGAUGCUCCAUAUGGCCGUGAACCAUUAGCUGACAAGAUAUCUGAUCUUGCGCGCAAGUACCCUAGGUUGAAAACCUUAAGAAGUUGUGACUUACUGCGAGGCAGUUGGAUGUCAGUAGCUUGGUAUCCCAUAUAUCGAAUACCUAUGGGUCCAACGUUGAAAGAUUUGGAUGCUUGCUUUCUGACAUAUCAUUCUCUUUCAACACCCAUGACAGGUAGUGGGGGUGACCAAGCUCCAGUAAUGGUGUAUCCCAGUGAGAUGGAUGGCGUCCCAAAUAUUUCAUUGCGUAUUUUUGGAUUGGCCUCGUAUAAGCUCAAAGGAUCCUUGUGGGCACAAAAUGGAUCAGAGUGUCAACUGGCCGAUUCCCUGAUGCAAGCUGCGGACAACUGGCUGAGCCUACUUCAGGUCAAUCACCCUGAUUUCCGGUUCUUUGCUUCACACGGCAUGUACUGCAGGUGAAAUCAAAUCAACAGUUGUUUUGUUGAUACAACUAUCUCAGCUUCAGCUUGCCUUCAAUGCUGAAGAAGUAACUGGUAGAGCAUGGUGGAAUGCCCUUGAGAGGCGUCUUUCAAAUGUUAACUUACAGAAUUAGAAGAUGAAAAAUGAGCAAAAGAGAAGGGAAACAAGAACAAAAGGAAAAAGAAACAGUGAAAAUAUCCAAGGCUGGGAGGAAGCAGAAUAAGGUUUUUCAAAAGCCCAAUAGAGAUGACAAUCUGAUGUAAGUGGUGUAUGACACAGUGCAGAAAAACUCUAGAAUAUGAUCCUCAAGGUUUGUAAUGCCUUAUUUGUCAGACAUCAAUAUUUCCAUAUAUUAUAUAUCUAUAUCAUGAUAAAAGA